AUGAUCUCAAGAUGGCGGAAGAAAAAAUUUGGAUGUUUAAAUAUUUCCUUUUAAUUUCCACCUAUAUUCUGGUAACUGCGACACAAGAUACAAACUACCUAGUCGGAGUGGGUAUAGGAGAUGUGACGGGUUCUGUAGCUGGAGUUAAUAUGAUGGGCUAUGCCAACCCUAGUCAGACAACGGAAGGUAUCCACACACGUUUAUUCAGCAGGGCAUUUAUUGUCGCAGAUAAACAGGCCAAAAAUAGAGUUGUGUUUGUCAGUGUUGAUUGUGGAAUGGUGUCUCGAACCAUGAAAAUGGGGGUCAUUAAAGCUCUGCAGACCAAGUUCAAUAACCUUAUGUACACAGAAGAGAAUGUCGUCAUGAGUGGCACACAUACGCAUUCUGGUCCUGCCGGCUUUCACCAGUAUGUUCUUUAUGAUGUCACUUCCCUCGGGUUUGUUGGCGAGACCUUGAAUGCUUUUAUAGAUGGUGUCACAAGAAGUAUUGAGAGGGCCCAUGCUAAUCUAAGACCAGGAAAUCUCCUCAUAAACGAAGGAGAACUAGUGGGCUCUAACAUCAAUAGAAGUCCUACAGCAUAUGCCAAUAACCCUGCAGAAGAGCGUGCAAAGUACAAAUACAACACAGAUACAAAUAUGACGAUGAUGACAUUUGUGGAUGCAAGUGGAAAGGCACUUGGGCUUUACAAUUGGUUUCCUGUACAUGCUACCAGUAUGAACAACACCAACCAUCUGAUCAGUGGAGACAAUAAAGGAUACGCCUCUCAGCUAUUUGAGAAAGACAUGAACCCUGGUAGCCGGCCUGGCAAGGGCCCAUUUGUUGCAGCCUUUGGCCAAGCCAAUGAGGGUGAUGUAUCACCAAACACCAAAGGACCACACUGUCAAAACACAGGGGAGGUCUGUGAUAUUGCUCACAGCACAUGUGGAGGAAAGAGUGAGUUGUGCUACUCAGCAGGUCCAGGGAAAGAUAUGUUUGAUAGCACAAAGAUCAUUGGCCACAACCAGUAUGCAAAAGCUAAGGAGUUAUUUAAUGCCCCAUCUAGAGUGCUACCUGCAGGACCAGUAGACUUCCGUCAUCAGUUUGUUGACUUCAGCAAAGUUGUCGUAAAGUUGAAUGCUACAACAAAGGUGAAGACGUGCCCACCCUCCAUGGGGUUCAGUUUUGCUGCAGGGACCACUGAUGGACCAGGAGCAUUUGACUUCACUCAAGGGGACACAAAGGGCAAUGCAUUCUGGAAGUUGAUAAGUGGUUUAGUACUGCACAAUCCCAGUGAUGAGCAAAAGGCAUGCCAACACCCUAAACCAAUCCUCAUAGAUACUGGAGAGAUCACUACACCCUAUGCAUGGCAGCCUGAUAUCUUAGAUCUGCAGAUUCUAAGAAUUGGAGACUUCAUCAUUGUAGCUGUUCCUGGAGAGUUCACCACUAUGUCAGGGAGGAGAUUAAAGGAUGCUGUUCGUAACACAUUGAUGGCAAAUGGGUUUCCAAGCACUACGAAGGUCGUCAUUUGUGGCCUGUCUAAUGUAUAUAGCAGUUAUAUUGCUACCUAUGAAGAAUAUCAAGUCCAGAGAUAUGAAGGUGCUUCUACACUAUAUGGACCUCACACAUUACAGGCCUACAUCCAGGAGUUCACCAAUAUGUCUGUUGCUAUGGCUAAGGGAGUGCGUGUGCCUCCUGGACCUACUCCUCCCAAUCUGCUGUCUAAACAACUGAGCUUCCUCCCUCCUGUUAUAAUGGAUGAGGCACCAUUCCUGAAGAGUUUUGGGGAUGUUUUAACAGAUGUUCAGCCAAAAUAUGCAAAGGGCUCAACAGUACAGGCAGAGUUUGUGACUGGACAUCCAAGAAACAAUCCAUUGCAAGAGGCCACCUUCCUGACUGUUGAGAAGAAAGAGGCAGAUGGAACUUGGAGUGUACAAUACACUGAUGCAGAUUGGGAUACAAAAUUUCAAUGGGUGCGAACGAACACAAUUCUUGGCCAUAGUAAAGCUGUGAUCACAUGGACUGUACCAACCAAUCAGGAGACUGGAACCUACCGUAUCCGUCAUUUUGGAUACUCCAAAAGUCUGACUGGGACUCUAACGCCAUUUAAAGGUGCAAGCUCAGAAUUUGAAAUCGAGGAAGGACCCCUUAGAUGGACAAAUGAAAUGAAUAGAGCCUCUGAAAGAUUCAAUGAAUUGAAUUCCCUUGAUGCGUCACUCAGGACAGUAUAAUUCCCAACAUAAGCUCAACUCUACAAUAAGGAGACCCCUUGUGUAAUAUUUCAAAUGAAUACAAAAGUGAGGUCUUCUUUAUUUCCAAUGCAAUAUACUCAAGUGAGAGAAUGCUUGAAAUGUAAUCUGUCAAGAAUAUAUUUUCAUGUACUGUAUUUGUGAUAUAAACUCAAAAAAAUGUGCCAAAACUAAAUAUAUUUUAUAUUUAUAUAAUAUUUACAAAUCGUUACCAUAAAACACGGAUAUUUUGAUUUUUGUAUUUAAUUUAAUUUUGUAUGAUUAAAAUUUCCUCAAAAUAGAGAGGCACCUAUACUCGU